AUGUUCAGUGACUUCUGGUCUACACCAAUCAUCUCACGGAGGACUUGGAGCGAAUAUCUUCGUGAAGAGCGCAGCGGCCGGGCUCUGCGCGGAGGCAGGAGUCGCAGCUGGUUUCAAGCCUUCCUGACUCUGGAGAGCAUGAAGCAGCAAUUGAUACAGCUCACGUCUGUCACCUUCACAGGCCUCAUUGCAGGGAGUGCUGGGCUGACAUGGAACCAACCGCAGGAAGCAACAUCAAGACAACUCGGAGAUUGGCAGAGAGGGACGGCACUGCUGGCAGCAAUGGUGGCCAGACGUUUCAUGUCACGAGAGGCGGCGGCCACAACUGCCGCAACGUGUGCGAAGCGAUGGGAGCUCACCCUUGAUGUGCUGGCAUACUUUGGCCUGCAUGGCUUCGGGAAGGUUGAUGGAGUUCUUGCUGGAGCCGUGGUUAACGCCGUGGGUGUGUCUUAUGCGUGGCCAGAGGCAGUCUCGCUUCUUGGUACCCUGCCGUGGUUGGCGUCUAGUUGCGAUCCUGGCAUCUGCAACAUCCUGAUCACCGCUUGCGGAGCAGCAACGGAGGCCUCUAGAGCACGCGCUCUUCUCACCGGCAUGCUGGCACAUGGCCCUCGGCCUGACUUGAUUUCUUUCAACGCUUUUUUAGCUGUUGCGGGACAAGACUGGACCAGUGCCAUUUCGGCCUUCGAACAGCUUCGUCAGCUCGACCUUCCGCCAGACAGGCAUGAGGAUGUGAUUUUGUAA